AUGUCGACCCUGGGUUCAGAGCCCACUAGCCAUGGGCCAGAUACACCAACCUCUUCGGUCACGGGAAACAGUUUCACUCUGGAAGGCGGAAACAAUCCAGUAGAGAAACCGGCUCCGGUAUUCCUACCUGUUGGGGCUGCAGUCAGUGCAAAGUACAGAGGCGCCUUUUGCGAAGCCCUUAUCGAACGCGUUGAACUAAAUUUCCGACUGCGUGUUCAGCUGAAGAAGAGCAAGGCAAGCUUUCAACCUUAA